GUUGUGUUAAUUUACAACCAUAUUUUUCACAAUGGAUACUCGAUUUUGGGAUGGACUAUACCGAUCAUCAAUCGCUAUGGUUAUGUUUAAAGGCAUUAUCUGCCGUAUACGUGAUGAAGGCUUUCCACUCGAGCCUUGAAAAUCGAAGUUUGCCGGGGAGAGAGCAAAGUACCACCCUUUAUGAAUAUGCGUUAUUAUUUCAUUAUUUUUGUAAUGUUUCUCCGAGUCGUCCAAACACAGAUUUGCUCAUCAUUGCAAUUCUCGAAGUUCUUGACAUUUUUUUCCUUGAGCUGCUAUAUCUUCAUCCACGUGGUAUUCAAUACAGGCUCAUACCAACUAGCAUUGUCGGCAUAGCAGGAAUUAUUCACUAUGCGUAUGCAUUAUUAAUCAAAUCCGACACAUAUCCUAUACUCCAAAGUUUUGCACGAUUUCCGGAAUUAGCUUUGAUUGUCAUUAUUUUUAUAUGCGUGGUCCUUCAUAUAAUUGCUUAUGUCGUAACAGGCGGAAAUGUCCGCCGAACCUUUUUCUUGGACGCUAGAUCUAUGCCAUCACUUCAUGAAGACUAUACCAUGGCACUUUACAGAAUUGGUACUAUUGUUAUAGAAACGAGUCGUGUUGAUGGUUUUCGCAACGAAUUGCCGCCAAUAGCGGUCCCCUUAGGCACUAUAUUUGAACGUUCAAAAAAGAAGAAACAACGAUUAUCAGUAGAUAACGCAAACAAGAGGAGACCAACUUGUGGAUUCGAUAAUGAACAACAGGAUACUAGUGAUUUGACAGUUACUGAAUCUAAUGGAGGACCACGUCGUGUGGUAGUCUGGUCAAAUUUUAUUCUUCAGAUUGUUCAAGUGUUUAUUGAAGUUAUUCUACGAGUUUUCUACUGGUUAAGAUCCUUAUUUUAUACUGGGAAUCAACCUGUAUCAAAUAAUAUCAGUGCAACAUCACAAAAUGAUAAUAACAACGAUCUUGUGGAAGAUAUUGAUUUUGACGAAGAAAUUUAUCAAAGGUUUCUUCGCGAAGAUCUGGACGACCGGGAUGACGAAGAAGAUGAUGACUUUACAUGGAACAGCACUUCUUCACAAGUUGCAAAUGAUGAUUCUU